UAAAGAAGCACACCUCCAUCUAUUUAUGAUAUACUUGCCUACAAGCAAUAUAGAAGAAAAAUUGAUCUGCUCCUCGUGCGAUUAGUUAAAAGAAAAAAUACAACUACGUGCGGCUAUUAUGAACUGCUAAUUUCUUUUCGAUCGGCCAUAUUCAAUUUGAGAGAGAGAGAGAGAGAGAGAGAUGGAGAUGGAGAUGGAGAAGCGGAGGAAGAGACAGAGAGGUGGUGGCCGGCGGCGAGUGGUGCUGGUGUCGUUCCCGCUGCAAGGACACGUAAACCCAAUGCUGCAGCUGGGGAACAUGCUUCACUCCAGGGGGUUCUCCAUCUCCCUCCUCCACUCCCUCGAGCCCACCUUCCCGGCCGUUAACCAUUCCCACUUCCGUUUCCACCGCCUUUCCGACGGCUUCUCCCAUCCCGAUCUCCCCGCUGGCGACCCAGCCUCCCAAAUUGACUUUCUCAAUACCAUCUGCACCGCGCCGCUCCGGGACUACUUAUCGGCCCAGUUGUCGCAGCCACGGCCAUCCGAUGAGAAUAACAACGAGAUGAUCGCCGCCGUCAUCUACGACGGAGUUAUGCACUUCGCCGAAGCCGUGGCUCAUCAACUGGAGAUCCCCAGCAUCUUGCUGCACACCUGCUCACUCGCCGCCUUGCUAUCUUACGCCGCCAUCCCUCAAUUCCAUCGCCAAGGCCUUUUUCCGCCGCAGGAUUGUAUAUUGCAAGAAGAAGUGUCUGAACUUCAUCCCCUUAGGUUCAAGGAUUUGCCAUUCUAUGAUUCUAUGAAGUUUGAAGGCUUCCUCAAACUAGUGGCUACUAUCUGCAAUCCAAAGACUUCUUGUGCCAUCAUCUACAACACAAUAGACUUCCUCGAACAACCAUUAUUGAUACAACACCAAAAACAGUAUCGAGUUCCAUUCUUUACAAUUGGGCCUUUUCACAAAAUGGCUCCAACUUCCUCUUCUAGCUUACUAAAAGAAGAUGACAAGUGCAUUAAAUGGCUAAACAAGCAAGUGGAUCACUCUGUUAUCUAUGUAAGCUUUGGGAGCAUAAGUUUCAUAGAGGAGAAAGAACUAACCCAUAUGGCUCAGGGUUUAGUAGAUAGCGAGCAACCUUUCUUGUGGGUAGUUCGCCCCGAUUUGGUUCUUGGAUUGAACAAUAUUGAGCCCUUACUAGAAAAUUUUAAAGAUAAGGUGGGAGAAAGAGGUUGCAUUGUGAAAUGGGCACCUCAAAAAGAGGUUUUGGCACAUCGAGCUAUAGGAGGGUUUUGGAGCCAUUGCGGUUGGAAUUCGACUAUGGAGAGUAUUUGUGAAGGGAUUCCAAUGAUAUGUCGACCAUUCGAUGGCGACCAGACAGUGAAUGCAAGGUACUUGAGCCAUGUGUGGAGGGUGGGAUUAAACAUAGAAAUAAAGAAUGGAUUGGAUGGAGGAGAGAUUGGAAGGACUAUAAGAAGGCUAAUUAUAGAGGAAGAAGGGAAGGAAAUGAGGCAGAGGGCAAUAGAAUUGAAGAAAAAGGUUGAACUCUGUGUAAAGGAAGGAGGUUCUUCUUGCAUGGCCUUGGAUGAAUUGAUUAAGCACAUAUUAUCUUUGUGACGUUACUGUACUUGAGAGGAAUGCCACACGUUUUAUUUUAUUUUAUUUUGAGGAGGUGGGGUGGGGGAAGGAGUAAAAUUUGUUCACAACCCUCUAGUUUUUGAAAAUGACAUUGUACGCUUAUAUGUCUAAAGUACAAAUAUCUUUAAUUGGUAA